GGAUCUUUCCCUCUCUUCCCGCAAACUCUACUCCCUCCGCGCGCGCGAUAAGUGGAGCGCGCCGCGUAUCUGACGACCAACAACUCUCGCUCUACGACAAGUCUUCGCCGGACAUCAUCCGGUCGCUCGCGGCGACCGCGAUGAGUGGGCUCUUGGGCCAGAUCUUUGGCUGCUGCCUCCGCAAUCGCUCGCCGAGUCCUCCGACGAUCCCGGACGAGCAUACCCGGCUCCUCGACGACCCGCAUGAGCUUCCCCACCCGAUCCUGCGCCAACCGCCCGACCACCAAAAGCUCAAAGAGCGUCUGGACAGCAUCGUCCGCGCCAAAGGCGGAAAGAUGGUCCGCGUGAACGCGCACGCGCCCUUCCGUCUCCGCCCCUCCGACCCGCUCGCGGACACCCUCGACCCCUCCUCCUCGCGCUCCCCGCUCCCCUCCCCCAGCCCGUCCACCCUCUCCCUCAGCGCCGUCGACUCCUCCCUCGCCUCCCUCCCCCCGCCGCCCGAGCACCGGCCGCCGCUGCUCAACGCGCGCCUCGUCGAGCCCGAGUCCGUGCUCACCUUCUCGCGCGGGCGGCCGCGCAGCCGGCGGGUGACGCAGGACACCGACGAGGGCGCGGAGGACGUGCAGGUGUCGGUGGAGGCGCCCACGGAGGAGGAGGAGGAGGGAGAGUCGCGGGGCGGGAGCCGGGCGAGCUCGCGGAUCGAUUCGUUGGCGAGCCACGAGCACGAGUACGACGACGACGGACAAAAUCACCACCACCACCACUCGGACGACGACCACGAUCAGACGACGCUCGCGAAGCGACAGCAAGAACAAGAACAAGAACAAGAGGAAGAGGAAGAGGAAGAAGAAUCCGACGUCGACCUCCUCAAGACGCCGCAACCCGUCCACCGCGAGUUCGUCAUCCGCUAUCAAGACGCCGGCUCGAUCUCGCGCAGCUGGGGCGAUCCACAGGACGGCGCCGGAUAAACGCACGCGCGACGAAAGAUAACAAAACCUGACCGAAAAACGCCUACCACGAACGAAAUCGGAAACGCUUCCAGGGACUUUGAGUUUUUACCAUCCGUCGUCGCUGGAACAAACGAUACGAACCAUCAGACCCUCCUUGCUUCAAAUCGGACACGGACAGAUUUACAUAUCGCAUACCACAUUCAUUCAAGACGGACGGGACAGGAAAAAAAACGGACUUCGGGUCAAACCCUCUUUUUGUUUUAUCGGCGAACAGGACGAUACAUGUCAUCGACAAAAAAAGAACGUAUAGGAAUAUAUCCAAGUAGCUUCUCGGGGAAUGUUUCCGCGGAUUGUUUUACUUUAGUUCAACCCC